AAUCUUGUCACUUGAAGUCAAAACAUUUUCUCUAAGGUCUUGCAAAGUCAUUCACUUGUUUCUUGUGAUAACAAGUGUUUGCUAAGUUGGCUGGUUUCAGUAGGCAGCCUUUUUUCUCCAAGCACAUAGCCUACUGUGUGAAAGUACUCUGCACUUCACCUUUCAGCGCUGACACCCUGUUGAGAACUCCUCAUGCACUAAGUCACUGCACUUCUGGAUGUAACAGGAGAUUCAUAUGCUCCUUGUUCAGAUUAUCUGCAAUGAUGAAAUGAAGUAACUCAAGAUGAGCAAGUUAAAAGUGGUAUCAGAGAAGAGCCUUACCAAUAAUUCACGGAUCGUGGGACUCCUGGCUCAGCUGGAGAAGAUCAAUACUGAAUCUGCAGAAUCAGAUACUGCCCGAUAUGUUACAUCAAAAAUUCUUCAUCUGGCUCAAAGUCAAGAAAAGACAAGGAGAGAAAUGACAGCCAAAGGUUCUACAGGAAUGGAAGUUCUGCUGUCAACCCUAGAGAACACGAAAGAUCUUCAAACUACACUUAAUAUCUUAAGCAUUCUUGUUGAGCUGGUGUCAGCUGGUGGAGGUCGAAGAGCGAGUUUCUUGGUCGCCAAAGGUGGUUCACAAAUAUUGUUGCAGUUACUUACGAAUGCUAGCAAAGAAUCUCCCCAGAAUGAGGAGUUAAUGGUGCAGAUUCAUUCUAUUCUUGCAAAGAUUGGACCAAAAGACAAAAAAUUUGGAGUGAAAGCUAGAAUUAAUGGAGCUCUGAAUAUAACUCUGAAUUUGGUCAAACAGAAUUUGCAGAAUCAUCGCUUGGUUUUGCCUUGUCUUCAGCUUUUACGAGUAUAUUCUGCCAAUUCUGUGAAUUCAGUAUCCUUAGGGAAAAAUGGAGUUGUGGAGCUGCUGUUUAAAAUCAUUGGACCAUUUAGUAAGAAGAAUUCGGGUCUCAUGAAGGUUGCUUUAGACACUCUUGCUGCAUUGCUAAAAUCAAAAACAAACGCCAGGAGAGCUGUAGACAGAGGAUAUGUCCAAGUCCUUUUAACAAUUUAUGUAGAUUGGCACCGCCAUGAUAACCGGCAUAGAAACAUGCUCAUUCGGAAAGGAAUUUUACAGAGUUUAAAAAGUGUUACAAACAUCAAGUUGGGAAGAAAAGCAUUUAUAGAUGCCAAUGGGAUGAAAAUUCUCUAUAACACUUCACAAGAAUGUUUGGCAGUUAGGACCCUUGAUCCUCUUGUCAACACCUCCAGUCUAAUAAUGAGGAAGUGUUUUCCUAAAAAUCGCCUGCCACUCCCAACGAUUAAAAGUUCUUUCCAUUUCCAGUUGCCAGUUAUUCCUGUGACUGGGCCUGUGGCCCAGCUCUACAGUUUACCCCCUGAAGUGGACGACGUAGUGGAUGAAAGUGAUGACAACGAUGAGCUUGACUUAGAAGCCGAAAAUGAAACUGAAAAUGAAGAUGACGUAGAUCAGAAUUUUAAGAAUGAUGAUAUUGAAACGGAUAUUAACAAGCUAAAACCCCAGCAGGAACCAGGACGAACGAUAGAAGAACUUAAAAUGUAUGAACACCUUUUCCCUGAGCUUGUUGAUGAUUUUCAGGACUAUGAUUUAAUCUCCAAAGAACCAAAGCCUUUUGUAUUUGAGGGGAAAGUACGCGGCCCUAUUGUUGUUCCUACAGCUGGAGAGGAAGCAUCUGGAAAUUCAGGCAAUUUAAGAAAAGGAGUUGUAAGGAAGGUGCAUGUGUCUCCUAAAGGAGACGAAGGUGAUAAGAAACCUACCUGUAUGGAUCUGGCAAAAGAAGAUAUGAAAGAUAAUGGCAGAACAUCACAACAGCAGCCGGGUGAUCAAAAUAGAACUAUUUCUUCCACCCAGGGCCUAAACAAUGAUAUUGUGAAGGCAUUGGACCGAAUUACGUUGCAGAAUCUUCCUUCUCAGACAGGCCCGGGUUUUACCGCAGGAGGGAAGAAGGACUACAGUCUCCCUCUCACUGUCCUUACGUGCACUAAAUCUUGUCCACACAUGGCUGCUUGUGGAAAUGUUCUGUUUGAGGGAAGAACAGUUCAGCUAGGGAAGCUUUGUUGUACUGGAGUUGAAACUGAGGAUGAUGAAGAUACAGAGUCUACUUCAUCAGUGGAACAGACAUCAGUGGAAGUCUCAGAUGGACCCACACUCCACGACUCAGAUCUCUAUAUUGAGAUUGUGAAAAAUACAAAGUCUGUCCCAGAAUAUUCAGAGGUGGCUUAUCCUGAUUAUUUUGGUCACAUUCCACCUCCAUUCAAAGAGCCUAUCUUAGAAAGACCUUACGGUGUACAAAGGACAAAAAUUGCCCAAGAUAUUGAGAGGUUAAUACAUCAGAGUGAUAUCAUAGAUCGAGUGGUAUAUGACUUGGAUAACCCAAAUUACACUAUUCCAGAAGAAGGAGAUAUUUUGAAGUUUAACUCCAAAUUUGAAUCUGGGAAUCUGCGCAAAGUAAUUCAAAUUAGAAAAAAUGAAUAUGAUCUUAUUCUGAACUCAGAUAUAAAUAGCAAUCAUUAUCAUCAGUGGUUUUACUUUGAAGUCAGUGGAAUGCGACCAGGUGUUGCUUACAGGUUUAACAUCAUUAACUGUGAAAAGUCCAACAGUCAAUUUAAUUAUGGUAUGCAACCACUCAUGUAUUCGGUUCAAGAAGCAUUAAAUGCCAGACCAUGGUGGAUUCGUGUGGGAACCGACAUUUGUUAUUACAAAAAUCACUUCUCAAGAAGUUCAGUUGCUGCAGGUGGGCAAAAGGGAAAAUCCUACUAUACAAUUACAUUCACUGUCAAUUUUCCACAUAAAGAUGAUGUUUGCUACUUUGCUUAUCACUAUCCAUACACAUAUUCAACUUUACAGAUGCAUCUUCAAAAAUUGGAAUCAGCACACAAUCCUCAGCAAAUCUAUUUUCGAAAAGAUGUGUUAUGUGAAACCCUGUCUGGAAACACCUGUCCCUUGGUGACUAUAACAGCAAUGCCAGAGUCUAAUUAUUAUGAACAUAUCUGUCAAUUCAGAAAUCGCCCUUACGUUUUCUUGUCUGCUCGGGUCCAUCCUGGAGAAACUAAUGCAAGUUGGGUAAUGAAAGGAACAUUGGAGUAUCUCAUGAGUAAUAACCCUACUGCUCAGAGCUUACGAGAAUCCUAUAUUUUUAAAAUUGUCCCUAUGCUAAAUCCAGAUGGUGUCAUCAAUGGAAAUCACCGCUGUUCUUUAAGUGGAGAGGAUCUGAAUAGACAGUGGCAAAGUCCAAAUCCAGAUUUACAUCCUACAAUUUACCAUGCUAAGGGGCUGCUACAAUACCUGGCCGCUGUGAAGCAUUUACCACUGGUUUAUUGUGAUUAUCAUGGCCACUCCCGAAAGAAGAAUGUAUUUAUGUAUGGCUGCAGCAUCAAAGAGACAGUAUGGCAUACCAGUGAUAAUGCAGCUUCAUGUGAUGUCGUGGAAGAUGUAGGAUACAGGACCUUGCCUAAGAUACUGAGCCAUAUUGCUCCAGCAUUUUGCAUGAGCAGCUGCAGCUUUGUAGUGGAGAAAUCGAAAGAAUCCACGGCACGUGUUGUGGUUUGGAGGGAGAUAGGCGUACAAAGAAGCUAUACCAUGGAAAGUACUUUGUGUGGCUGUGAUCAGGGAAAAUAUAAGGGCCUACAGAUUGGUACUCGAGAAUUGGAAGAGAUGGGAGCAAAAUUUUGUGUUGGUCUGCUGCGUUUGAAAAGACUGACAUCCCCAUUGGAAUAUAAUCUGCCUUCCAGCCUGCUUGACUUUGAAAAUGACUUGAUUGAAUCGAACUGCAAAGUAACGAGCCCUACCACUUACGUCUUGGAUGAAGAUGAGCCUCGAUUCCUCGAAGAAGUGGAUUACAGUGCAGAAAGUAAUGACGACUUAGAUACUGAAUUGGCAGAAAACGCAGGAGAUUAUGAACCUUCUGCUCAAGAAGAAGCACUUUCUGACUCCGAAUUAUCAAGAACAUACCUACCUUAAGCCUUCUACCAUCUCUUGUUAACUGAAAAAAGAAAUGAAAUAUCUUGGGUUUUCUUACACAGGAAGUUUGAGAGAAAAGAGUUAAAUAGCUAACUCGAGAAAGACAAAAAGUAACUUGGGCCUGUUUGGUUUCAAGACAAUAAAUAUGUUACUAAUUCAUGAUAACAUUGGCACUUGUUUUAUUUCAGAUAUUCGGUGCACUUGAUACCGCACUGAAUGAUCAAAUACUGGAUUUACCUGUUUUUAAAAACCUGAGUAUCACUGCAUGAAUUUUUAUCUUUAAUGGUUAUAUCCUGCAUCAAAGGGGUAAAUUUUAAAGUGUGUGAGAAUAUAAAAUCUGAAUUCUAGAGUGGUUGAAAAUCCCGAGUUGUUGAAAACUAAUAUAUAUGUACAUGGAUUUCUCUAGCUGUGACUGUGUAGUGUGGUUAGACAUCGAAGAUAAGACUGUUUUUCAGAAUCAUGUUAACUGUGGAGUUGCGACUGAAAUCACCCAGAGUUUGCCUUGAAACCAUUACAGUCUCCAUUUACCAAGUUAAACAAAUAAAAGCUGUAUUAAAUAUUGGA